AUGGAAACUGUUUUCCAAGACAAAAAACCCAAACAGUCUAAUAUAUUUAAAAAAUUGUUGAGGAAAAACCAUGAUGAUGUCCAUCCAAUAGAAAGAACCAUUCAAAAACAAGAACAAAUUGAUUGGGCUACGUUCAAAUCGGAUAUCAAUAGGAUGAACUCACUAACGUCGCAUGACAAACAAAGUAGGACUAAAAGAGUAGUAAGACAAGAUGGAUCUAUAAUUGUUAAGCCAUUGGAUUUUAUAUCUGAGAUUAACACUAAUGAGACUGUGGGUCCUGAAGAUGAUGAUAUUGACUUGGAAAACGUGCAAUAUAGUAAAAUCGAAACAUUUAUGCUGAAUUACGAUUUGAGCUACGAUUUGAAUGAAUUGAUUUCUGACAUUUCAAUCAAAUUUCAUUCUUCAGUGAUCAAUCAAGUCCGAUGCAUUUUGGUGCAUUUAUGCAAGUUUGACAUUAUUGAAGAAACAUCGAAAAUUCUGCAACAAAAGCCAAAAUUAUCUGAAGUUCAACAUAGUGGCAAGGCAACUAUUUUUCAAAUCAAUUACAUUUUCAAGAAAAUAUUAGAUGCAUUAAAAAUUCCGUGUGAGGUUGUUUUAGGGUUUUGGAAAAAACCAAAUGAAUUUUAUCAUAAUGAACAAUACGUAAUAAACCAUUGUUGGCUUUCUGUUUUGGUCGAUAACAAUUUUAGAAUAAUGGACAUAUAUAAUUUUAAAAAUGCAUCUGUGUGCAAUUUACGACAAGAAAAGCUCAACGAAUUCUAUUUCCUUGCUGAACCAUUAAGUUUGGUGUCAACCCAUAUCCCUUGUAUUAUUGAUUUACAACAUGUUGUCCCACCUAUCGAUCCAAAUAUUGCAUUCUAUUUGCCACGCACCUAUUCAGGUUUCUACAAAAACGGAUUGGCAUUCAAAAAUUUCAAUAAUGCAUUGACAAGAAUCAAUGAUUUGGAGAUUUUUGAAUUGGAACUCGAAAUCCCCACCACCGUUGAACUUUUCACUCUAGUGAAGACUGCAAGAGCAACCACUAAUGAAUUGAGUUUGUGUCAAAUUAAAUGGGUCAAUCACAAACGUGUUGCUAAGAUCAAGGCAGUGUUACCCGAAAAGGAAUCAGUGGGUGUUUUGCAGAUAUUUGCUGGACCUAAGGGGUUACAAAAGCAUUUUGACAAUAUUCAUGAAUUGGCAAUUGUAAUUCCAUUAUCUCAUGAAGGUACAUCUAAACCAACGAAGUUUGUACAACGAUUCCCAACCGUGCAGAGUCAAAAAAAUGAUUUGUACAUAAUAAAGCCACAAACUAGUAAAAUCGUUGCCAAUAAUAUGUAUAACUUUGAAAUCGAACAAUAUCCAUCAAAAGGGUUGAAUUCUGGUUCCGGAUUAAUGAAUCAAGAUUUCAAGUUGGUUAUUGAAUCACCAUCAGGAAAAUACUUUAAAUUGAAUAAGGAAGAUAACUCCAAGCCAUACGGAUUGUACUCAUUAAAUAUCAAGUGUCAAGAAUUGGGGUUGUAUAGAGGAUUAGUUAUUGGAGAUAGUGGUACUAGUUGGUAUGUUUUCGCUCAGUGGGAGUGCAUAGGUAGCACAGUUGCAAAUUAG